AUGUCAGAAUUAGAAUCUUUUAGUACCUCAAUUUUAACCAAUAAAACACCGGAAGAAAGUGCAUCAAUUGUAAACCAAGGUGUUAAUAACACUAAGGAAUUAAUUGAAUCAAAUUUGAUCCCUUUUUUCGAAAAUUAUACCAAAUUAAUUCAAAAACAAAAUUUCGAAUUGAGUAAAUUGGUUAAUGAUCAAGGUAUAAAAAUAACUUCAUUUUUGAAUCAAGAUUCUACCGAUUUAAAACAAUAUGGAACUUUUGUUAGAGUGUGGGAUACUUAUUUGAAUUCCCUCAAUUUCCAAACUCAAACCAAUGAUCAAUUAAUCAAGUAUGUAAAAUUAGAAAUCUUAUCACCAUUGAUGAAUUUAGUCAACAAUGAUAUCAAAUUCAGUGAAAUUUUGAUCAAUAAUCAAGAAUUAAAAGAAUUGGCUCAAGCUAAUCCUAUCGAUGAAUAUCAAUGGGGUUCGAAAUCGUUUGGAAUCAUGAAUAAUUUCAGUAGUAUUAAGAAAUUUGAAAGACAAUUGAUAAUCAAAUCAAUUGUUGGAUUGUUCAACUUUAAUGCUAAUCAACAUAAUAAAGGUGUCAGAGGUAAUGAAGAAGCAGUUAAAUAUUCUUUGAAUGGGUUCGAUAUUGAUAAAGAAAUGACUGAUUAUUUGAAUUUGUUAAUGUCUUCAAAUCCUCCACCUUUACCUAAAUUACCUCCAAGUUCAAAACCUUCUUCAACUGCUCCUUCACAUUCAGACAAAGAUUUUAAAGAUAAGAAAGCUAAAAGGCAAUCCAAAUUGUUCACCAAUCAAAAAGAUGCUAAGGAUAAAGAAGACCGUAAAAAAUUGAGAUCCAGAGUUGGUUCAAUUUUUGGUAGAAAGAAGAAAUCUAAGAACGGGGAUUUGGAAUCCAUUUAUUCAAAUCAAACUGCCUCCACUAAUUUAACCAAUUUAAGAGAAGAAUCUCCUCAACCUUCACCUGUACAACCACCAGUGGUGAGAGAAAAUGGUUAUGAAAGAAGAGUUUCUAAUCCAAAUAGAGAUUUACCAAUACUACCAGGAACUCCAAAUAUUGAAAAUUUGAAAAUCAAUGAUGAUCAUAAAGAAACUCUUGCUGAACCUUUGGAAUUACAAGAACCUCCAUCGAUUGCUUCUCAUUCAGCUCCUUCUUCAGGUCCAAAUUCCAGACAUGCUAGUGGCGUAGCCAAAGAAACUUACAGUUUUGAAAGUGGUGAUGAUACCAACAGAUUCGUUACUUCUCCAAAAAUCAACAAAUAUCAAGAAUUACCAGAGCCAAAUAUUGAUACUCCUGUGGAAUCUCAUUUCCCUGAAUCUUCUACUGCUCCUACUCCGGAAGUUCUUGAAGUUGAAGAAACUCCAGUUUCACCAACUGUUAAUGGUGAACAAUCUAAAAGUUUACAAAGUCCAGAAAAGAAUGCCCCAGCUCCUCCUCCUGCAAGAAGAGCUCACCCUGAUCGUUCUGAAGUCAAAUCUCAAAUGUUCCAUUCCUUACCUUCAGCUCGUGAUUCUGUUGUUCCUCAACAAUUUGUUCCUCCAGCUUUAACAACUCAAACUACUGGUACUUCAUUAAUCAACAAAACUGAUAUGUUCAAUCACUCAGAAUUAUUAAAUAAAUUAAAACCAGGUUUGAAUGUUUCUAAUUCUCAAAUAAUCAAUGUCAAUUUUAAACAAGAUAAUUUGGCUAAAGCCAGCAUUAUUGGUGAACUUGCAUUCCAUUAUAAUGAUAAUGAUUCUAAUGUUGAAGAAAUGGUCGUUACUGUACCACCAUCAACCAAAACCAUCUUGAAUCCAGUGUUCCUCACUAAACUUCAAGAUAAUAAUGUGAAAGUUUUGAUUAAUCCUAUCAACAAUAAAACUUUGGGUGGUAUCAAAUAUAUGAACCAAAACUUAAAAUUGAAUCAAAUCCCAAUUUUAAUCCAUUCAAUUUGGAAAUUCGAAUCUCAUCAAGCAAGUUUGAUGGUAAAUUUGAAAUUAAAUCCAAACUUUGGAGGAUCUUUAGUGUUAAAUAAUCUUGUGGUAUCUGUAGCUUUGAAUAUGAGUACUGAAUCCACAUCAGCAUCUUCAAGACCUACAGGUAGUUUCAACAAAGAAAAGAAUAGAAUUACUUGGAGAUAUAAUAACCCAGUUCAUUUAACUGAAUCCAAUAGUGAUGAAAAAUUGAUCGCCAGAUUCAUGACUAAUGGAGUCGCUAGUGAAGAUGAUCAAGGUAUUCAAGUGAAAUUUUCAAUUGAUGAUGUGACUUCAAGUGGUAUUGAAUGUGAUUAUGGUGUUAAUGUUGUAGGGAAUUUGAUAGCUGGUAACUAUAGUUGUCAAUCAUAG